AACAGUGAUCAAACACAUACGGGCAAACACACACACAAGCACACACAGUUUUACCACACACACACACACACACACACACACACACACACACGAGUAGGACACCGGACAGAGAGCGUUCCGCCGAUCAUCUCCGUCCCUCCCUCCAGCAAGCAGAUUGCCUGUGCCUCUGACGACAGCCAGUCACACAGUGUUGAGUGUCAGGCUGUGGAGAGACUGCAUCAAGGAGCGAGAACUGUUCGCUUGCAUCGGGAACGGUGCGUGGGAGUUGUUCUGUCUCUACCUGCCAUUUGCAUUCCUUCUUUAAUCUCGACACUCAUUCUCGGACGACUUCGGGCGCACAGGGAGUCCCAUUACCAAGGGAGGAUCGGGCUUUGUGUGUGUGUGUGUGUGUGUGUGUGUGUGUGUGUGUGUGUGCCUGUUUUAACUGCAACUGUUAUCUUAGAACCGCGGUAGCUUACUGCCGUUGUGGAAAAAGUCAUUGGAAAUCUAUAAGGAACGGCUGGCUGUUGUCUUGUCUCCCCACCCUCUCGUUUUUUGUUUUUUUUUUUUUAACGCUGGCUCUCAAGGCGAUGGACUUGAGAUAGUGCGUCUCAAUUUGAGUGUUGGUGGCUGGGAGUUGCCGUCGGGGAGAAAUGCGAAAGGAUGCUUGGCAGCAGUGAAGCCUACAGAAGGUAACCGAUAAGAUGGCGGCUGGGGAAGCGACUGGGCACAGCUACCUGGUGGCUUGCUGGCAGCCCAUUCUGAUUCUGAUGCUGGGCACCGUGCUUUCUGGCUCCACCACAGGCUGUCCAUCCCGCUGUGAGUGCAAUGUUCAAGAGCGCUCUGUGAUGUGCCACCGCAAAAAGCUCAUGACAGUUCCUGAGGGCAUUCCUGCAGAAACAAGACUGCUGGACCUCAGCAAGAACCGUAUUAGAACCAUCAACCCAGAUGAGUUUGCCAUCUUUCCAAACCUCGAACACCUGGAGCUCAGUGAAAACACGAUCUCCACUAUUGAACCUGGAGCAUUCAACAACCUUUAUGGCUUGCGAACAUUGGGGCUGCGUAGCAACAAGCUUAAGCUGAUCCAGCUUGGUGUCUUCACAGGCCUGAGUAAUCUCACACAACUGGACAUAAGUGAGAACAAGAUUGUCAUCCUGUUGGACUACAUGUUCCAAGAUUUGUACAACCUCCGGUCUUUAGAAGUGGGCGAUAACGACCUGGUUUUCAUCUCCCACCGAGCUUUUCAUGGCCUAAGUAGCCUUGAGCACCUGAGUCUUGAAAAGUGUAACUUGUCCUCUGUGCCAACAGAGGCUUUCACCCAUCUCCACAGUUUGAUCACUCUCAGGCUGCGUCACCUCAAUAUCAACGUCAUACGGGAUUACUCUUUCAAACGGCUCUAUCGGCUGAAAGUGUUGGAAAUAGCCAAUUGGCCAUAUUUGGAUACGAUGACCCCAAAUUGCUUGUAUGGAUUAAAUCUCACCUCCUUGACCAUUGCAAAUGCCAACCUGACGACGAUUCCUUAUGUAGCCCUGCGGCACUUAGUUUAUUUGCGCUUUCUUAAUCUUUCAUAUAACCCUAUCCAUACCAUUGAGGGGAAUAAGCUCCACGAUCUUCUGCGUCUUCAGGAAUUUCAUCUGGUUGGAGGUAGACUGGCAAUGAUUGAGCCCUACUCUUUCCGUGGUCUAAACUACCUGAAGAUUCUAAAUGUGUCUGGAAACUCUCUUAGCACUUUGGAGGAGUCUGCUUUCCAUUCAGUUGGCAACCUGGAAACCCUUGCCUUGUAUGAUAAUCCCCUUGCCUGUGACUGCCGACUGUUAUGGGUUUUCCGACGACGCUGGAGACUGAACUUCAACAGGCAGCAGCCUACCUGUGCGUCCCCUGAGUUUGUCCAAGGCAAAGAAUUUAAAGACUUUCCGGAUGUUCUGCAGCCUAACUACUUCACAUGUCGCAAGUCUAGGAUUAGGGAUCGCAAACCCCAGCAGAAAUUUGUUGAUGAGGGAGCCAUCGUUCAUUUUGCCUGCCAGGCAGAUGGAGAUCCUGCACCAGUGAUAAUGUGGCUAUCCCCACAGAAAAAGUUUAUCACCACCAAGACAAUUGGAAGGCUCUCGGUGUUGCCAGACGGUAACCUUGAGGUGCGUUAUGCCCAGAUUCAAGACAAUGGUACAUAUGUGUGUAUAGCUAGCAAUGCAGGUGGAAAUGACACCUCUCUUGCUCACCUGCACAUUCAUAGCUACUCGCCUGACUGGCCACACCAGCCCAACAAGACAUUUGCGUUCAUCUCCAAUCAGCCCACAGAAACUGGUGCUAACGGUACAAGAGCCAAUGUCCCAUUCCCCUUUGAUAUAAAGACGUUGAUCAUUGCGACCACAAUGGGCUUCAUCUCUUUUCUUGGCGUCGUCUUGUUUUGUCUGGUACUGCUCUUCCUUUGGAGCAGAGGUAAAGGCAACACUAAGCACAACAUUGAGAUUGAGUAUGUGCCACGGAAAUCGGACGCUGGCAUGAGCAGCAGCACAGUGGAUGCUCCUCGCAAGUUUAACAUGAAAAUGAUUUAACGGACCUGUGGAAUUCAUUAAUUUUGAAUUUCAAAGCAAGACAAAUGGAAAAGAAAACAUUCUCUUUCCUCUCUUACAAACCUGUGGAUCCUGGUCUGUUAACAUAGAGUAAUAUGUUGUUUUUCCUGAUUGAAGCACUAGCGAGGAGGACAAUUUCUGACUUUCAUAAGUGAGAGGGAAUGAAAGCACACCCGGUGCCAUGGGGCAUUGGUGGUUUCUAUGAGGCCUGUGGAGGCAUUAAUUGAAAGUCCGAUUUGUCAUAAGCAGUUCAUAUUCCUGUGGAUUUAUACUGGAAAAAAUAUAUCAGAAAAGAAAAACAUUUCAAACAGCCAGAAUGCGAUGGGCAGAUCAUAUUUUGGCCAUUGCUGUUUUUUGUCUGUAUUUUUUCUUUAGUGUUUUUAUUUUAAAGGUUAGUUGUCAAGUUAUGAAUGAGAUGUGUAUGGGUUGAUGAGCACAUUUCUACAACGUUGACGCAUUUCAAGUACAUCAUUCUGAUACAUCAGUGUUACAAUUGUGAAUGCUAUGUGCUACAUAUAGUCUUUUUAAUUUCCUACAGUGAUUAUUGUUCUGUAAUUCAUCAAAUGUAAAUCUGUGUCACAAUACCUGAUAAAAACUGUUGAAAAACUAUGCCCCAGCAAUUAGCAGAAAUAAAUAACAUAGUAUGGCACAAAUGUAUUAUGGGAAAUUCUAAAUUCUUAGUGUGCUAUGUAAAAGUUACUUUGAAUGUCACAGCAGCUAAUAAAGUAAGUACAAUGAAUGGUACUGUAAAACAGUUUACAAUGGCCAUUAUGUGACCUGAAAAACUAAGUAGUAUAAGUUCUCUGAAAAUAUGUAGAUUCAUAUAUAGAGAUGCAUCAGUGCACAGUUUACUAUUGAUACCAAUUUUCAGUGAUGCACUGUAACAAUCAGCCAAAAUCCAUGUAAGAAUAAUUGCAUUUUCAUAAAGACUAAUAUAACAAUAUUUAGUGUUGAAAAGUAGCAGAAAAUCCUGUUUUAAAAUGUGGCUUCUAAUAUAGGAUUUUACCAUUGGGGAAAUGCUCUCAUAAAGCAUUUUCAGCCCAGUAUAUAUUAUUAGUAUCAGUGUCACUCAACCCUAAUUUUCAGAUGUAACCCAGACAGUGUACACACAUGGAUUGAGGGCAUGAUACAGAAGAAAAUCUGAGAUGUUGUUGAUAUGAUGCUCUGUACCAACAAUAGAUGCAUCCUACUAUUCUAAGGUUUGUCAUCAAACAGAAUGGUUGGUAGUGGUACUUUGAUACUAUAAGAGCUAAUCCUUGACUUUUUAAAUUGCAUUUCAAAAAAUAUUAUGUAAUGGUAUUAUUAUGUGCUCAACAUGAAUGCGAGGAAGAAAUUUGUGGUGCUCACGUUUUUGGAUACAAUGUGCUCCUCAAGCUGUAGAAAAUUUCUUUCAUUGUUGUUUAUUUUUCUUGAUUGUUUUAUAAAAUCAAUGACUUAUUAAUGCAGAUGCUCCCCCCAUUAAAGCCAUGGAAAUAUUACCUUCCAGGAUCAUUUACACGUUUGCUAUUCCCCAGAAAUGUUUGUCAGGGGAAAAAGAACUGUGCAUAUUAUACUCCCAGUUGGUCCUGCAUAUAAAAUCUGAGGACACAGCCUUAUCUUUUCAAGUACACACUGUGGACAGCUGGGCUUUGCAAACGUGUGUGAGGAUAAAGGCUAAGUUGUUUAUGAUGGAUGACAUUACAGACAACGACACAUCAGUGGGCUGGAAGUAUGGACUGAAUAUGCAGAUGGUUGGAGUGACAGAUGGUUUAACCCAUGAGCAAUCUGAAGCAGCUUUGGUGUAAUCCGUUUUGCAUAAAGGAAAAAAAAAUCACUGGAUAUGGCUCCUGGUUCUCCCUCUUGCUGAUUAUGAAUGCUCCCUUCGUUCAAAGUGUGGCUACUGUACUUAGCCUUUUUUGGUCCCGAGUGAUCCCGGGAUUCUGUUUUUUGUUUCAGUUAUUCCUUUUUUAUUUUGACCCUGGACUACAUUGACCAUGUAGUCCAAGCCAACUUUUUACAAAAAAAAAGAUAAUAAAAAAGAAUCUAUGGAAAAUAAAUUCAAAUUGUUCUGUGCAAUAAAGGUAAUAUGCAGAUUUUUUUUUUUUAAUUAACACAUUUUGUUGAUGUUGAAUUGUUGAGAAUAUGGUAUGUUGUAUUAAACAAUCUAUGGACUUUUUUAAA